UACAUAUGUAAUACAAUAUAUAUACCACCUCCCUCCUAUCCCCUUAUUAUCAACAUCACAAUGUCUCCUCCUGCAUACAAACUAUCCCAAUUGCUACUCUUAUUCCUUACUAUUAUACGCCUCCUUCCCCUCCUUUCUACCACAACCGCCCUUCCUUUUUCUUCUCCAAACCACUUGCAAGUCCCAAAUGAAGUAGGAGCUCUUUUAACAUGGAAGUCAAGCCUUGACCUUAGAACCCAAUCCCUACUCACAUCAUGGGUUGUUGGUAGUGAUAAUCCUUGCAAUUGGACUGGUAUUGCUUGCGAUGGUGGCCGAAGCAUUACAAGCCUAAACCUUACAAGUUAUGGGUUAAAAGGUACACUUCGAGAUUUGAGUUUCUCAUCCUUACUUCAUUUACAAGUCAUUGAUCUUUCCAACAACUCUCUCCAUGGGAGCAUUUCUUUUAUUAAAGAAAUGUCUGUCUUGAAAAAUUUAACAACUUUGUAUCUCUAUCAAAAUUGGUUUUCCGGUCACAUUCAUCAAGAAAUUGGAUUGAUAACUUCUCUUGUUGAUUUGCAAUUAUACUGGAAUAAUCUCACUGGUCAAAUCCCAACUUCAAUAGGGAACUUGCAAAAUUUAACAACUCUUUAUCUAUGGGGCAACCAACUUUCAGGCCAAAUUCCUCAAGAAAUUGGGUUGUUAACUUCUCUUAUUGAUUUGGAAUUGGACUCAAACAAUCUCAGAGGUCAAAUCCCUACUUCAAUUGGGAACUUGCAAAAUUUAACAACUCUUUCUCUAUGGGGCAACCAACUCUCAGGCCAAAUUCCUCAAGAAAUUGGGUUGUUAACCUCCCUUAUUGAUUUGGAAUUGUCUAAUAACAAUCUCAAAGGUCAAAUCCCUGCUUCAAUUGGAAACUUGCAAAAUUUAACAACUCUUUAUCUAUUGGGCAACCAACUUUCAGGCCAAAUUCCUCGAGAAAUUGGGUUGCUAACUUCCCUUAUUGAUUUGGAAUUGUCUAAUAACAAUCUCAAAGGUCAAAUCCCUACUUCAAUUGGGAACUUGCAAAAUUUAACAACUCUUUAUCUAUGGCGCAACCAACUUUCAGGCAACAUUCCCCAAGAAAUUAGACGGUUAACUUCUCUUGUUAAUUUGGGAUUGGGUUUAAAUAAUCUCACAGGUCAAAUUCCUACUUCAAUUGGAAACUUGCAAAAUUUAACAACCCUUUAUCUAUGGGGGAACAAAUUUUCAGGCCACAUUCCUCAAGAAAUUGGGAUGUUAAAGUCUCUUGUUGUUUUGGUUUUAUCUUCAAAUAAUCUCACUGGUCAAAUCCCUAUUUCAAUUGGGAACUUGCGAAGUUUAUCAACUCUACAUCUCUAUGAGAACCAACUUUCAGGCCACAUUCCUCAACAAAUUGGGUUGUUAACUUCUCUUAUUAGUUUGGAAUUACUCUCAAACAAUCUCACUGGUCAAAUCCCUACUUCAAUUGGGAACUUGCAAAAUUUAACAACCCUAUUUCUAUGGGGAAACCAACUUUCAGGCCAUUUACCUUCAAUAUUCAAUAAUCUUACUAGGCUAGCGAUGCUAGACUUAUCUUAUAAUCACUUCAUAGGUCAGUUACCUGAGAAUUUAUGCAUUAGCCGUUCACUAAAACGGUUUGUUCUGGAAAAUAAUAAGUUUAUUGGAAAUAUUCCUAUAACUCUGAAAAAUUGCACAUCUCUUUCCAGAGUGUUACUUCAAAAUAACCAAUUCUCAGGAGACAUAUCUAAAGCUUUUGGAGAAUAUCCAGACUUAUAUUACAUUAAUUUGAGUAACAAUUUAUUCCAUGGCCAAUUAUCUUCUAGUUGGGGAAAUUGCCCAAAACUUUCUGCUUUGAAGAUUUCAUACAACAGAAUUUCUGGAAAACUCCCAACAAAUCUAUACAAUGCAUCCCAACUUGUUUUGCUUGAUCUCUCAUCAAAUGAACUAGUUGGAAUGAUUCCCAAGAGUUUGGAAAAGUUGGUAUUGUUAACUAUUCUUAAGCUGGAUAAAAACAAUUUUUCUGGCAACAUAUCACUUGGAAUUGAGAAAUUACCUUGGCUUUCGAUCUUCAACAUAGCUGCAAAUAGUUUUGUUGGUUUGAUUCCAGAGCACUUUGAAAGUUUUCAAAGGUUAAUAGUCUUGAACUUGAGCAGGAAUAUGUUUGUUGGCAAUGUUCCUUAUGGUAUGGGAAAAAUAAAAUUGCUUGAAAGCCUUGACCUCAGUUACAAUGCACUCUCCGGUCAAAUACCACAACAAUUUGAAGGACUUACAUCUUUACAAAUCAUGAACCUUUCUCACAAUAAUUUAUCGGGAUAUAUUCCUUCAACCAUAGCCCAGUGCUUAGGUUUAUUAUCUGUUGAUGUAUCAUACAAUCAAUUGGAAGGUCCCAUCCCAAACAAUAAAGCAUUUUUGGAAGCUCCGUAUGAUGCUUUGAUAAAUAAUAAAGAUCUUUGCGGGAACCAUUCUGGCUUCGAGCCUUGCUCCUCAUACAAUCAAAGAAAUCAUCAUAAGAGAAGAAAUUUGCUCUUAAUCAUAAUACUAACAUUUGGAAGUUUGUUUAUGAUUAUUAGCAUUCUUUUCCUAUUGAUUAUUCGAUCAAAGAGCCAUGUUAGAGAAACGCCAAAGGCAAUUACUAAUAAAGAUGUGUUUGCAAUAUUGAAUUUUGACGGAAAGAUGGCAUAUGAAGAUAUCAUGGAGGCAACUGGAAAUUUUGAUUCAAUAUAUUGCAUUGGUGAAGGAGGACAUGCACGUGUUUAUAGGGCUGAGCUAUCAAGUGGCCAAAUUGUUGCUAUAAAGAGGUUUAAUAAUGCAAUUGGGCAAGGAGUUGAGCGACACAAACUCAAAAGUUUUUCAAAUGAGGUUCGCACUUUAACAAAGAUUAGGCAUCGAAAUAUUGUGAAAUUGUAUGGUUUUUGUGCUAGUGAGAGAAAUUCAUUCUUAAUUUAUGAGUACUUGGAAGAGGGAAGCCUAGCACACAUAUUAAAAGAUGGUGAAAAAGCAAUGGAAUUAGGGUGGAUGAAGAGGAUAAAUGUGGUUAAAGCUGUGGCUAAAGCUUUAUCGUAUAUUCACCAUGAUUGUUUACCAUCUAUUGUACAUCGGGAUAUAUCAGCUAAGAAUAUUUUGUUUGAUUGUGCAUAUGAAGCUCACGUGUCUGAUUUUGGCACCGCAAGAAUAUUGAGUCUUUAUUCAUCAAAUUGGACUUCAUUUGCAGGAACAUUUGGCUAUGCAGCUCCAGAGUUUGCUUAUACUAUGGAGGUCACCGAAAAAUGUGAUGUGUAUAGUUUUGGAGUACUAGUACUAGAAGUGAUUAUGGGUAAACAUCCAGGUGACCUCAUUACGUCCAUUUUUUCAUCCCUAAUCUCAACCGCUCAUGGAAUACUACUUUUAAAAGAUGUGUUGGAUUCUCGACUCUCAACUCCAACAAAGCAAGAAGCCGAAGAGUUGAUUUUGGUUGUGAAGAUAGCAAUUGCAUGUUUAAAUAUGAAUCCACAAUGUCGGCCAAGCAUGCAACAGGUUUGUGUGUUGCUAAGCAAAGAAAGGCGAUAUUCCUCCUAUAAUUCACUUCCACAAAUUACAAUAAGCCAAUUGUUCGGUCUUGAAUUUCCUACUCCCUAGAGGGUGGUAGGUUGAAGAAGUGUUAUUCAUGCCAGUUCGGGUCCGGUUACAAUGCAAGUUUUAUUGGACUCUCAACUCUCUACUCCAACAAGGCUGCGCUGCAGGAAGCUAGCGGAAGAAUUGAUUUUUGUUGCCAAGAUAGCAAUUGCCUGCCCGCCCACACACACACCAAUAAAAAAAAAAAAAAGAGUUGCAGUGAAGCACCAGUUGGAGUUCGAUCGUACGUCAACAACUAUGGCAUGCAUCAAGAUCGAACUUAUGUUUGAGAGACAACUCUGCCUGGCCGCCGGUUAUCCCUCAGCUCACUCUUUAACAGUUGGCCGGAGGUACGCAUAAAUGUACUACAUACACUGUUUGGAAACACAUCAUCAUUAGGUGUAUUGUGGUGAGGUAUGAUACAUAUUUUGGCGUGUGGUGCGUUUCUGUGGUGCAUUGGUGCAUUUCAUGGUGAUGCAUUUUUAAGGUGCGUUUUUACAUACCCAGUAAUGUAUUCGCACGGAAGGCACGUUAAGCCAACACCAUGCAUGAAUGAUGAAACCAAUAUAAUAGAUCCGUCCAUCAUUACAAUUGUCGUCCACACCAGCGUAUAUAGGUGAAUUCAUGCAUUCUUAUCUUGAUUAGUUCUGCAGACACAGUGUAAUUAAGCUAGCAAGCUGAGUGAUCUUCAUUAUAUUGCUCAAUAAUCUUUGGCUAGGAAUUUGAUAUCAGGGUACAUGCAUGCAUGUAUCGUUGGAAGGGAGAAGCAUCCGUUUGAAUGUCAACAACUAUGGCAUCAACAAAUCUUGAUCGGUGUCAUACACAUUAUUUAUCACAUUCUAACAAGCAAUCAACUCGGUGAUCGAUGACGAAGAAGUGGAGAAGCUAGCUGAUGAUUCAUGGAUCAGACCAUACAUCUUUCAUGAUCUCAUAUGGUGUCGUCUGCCAUAACUCAGUGGUCAAAAAGUUGAGUGUGAGUGUAGUGACCCAGCAAAUACCCAUAUUCAAAUGCUCAAUAAGAGGAGGGGGAUCUCAGCCUUAGGAUAAAAAGCAAGCAUUACUCAGACCUCGUGUCACUAAAACACAUCCCACUAUUUACCUUAAGGUUUAAAUAUAUAGUGUCAUCUUCAAGGCUCACUAUAUUGUUCAUAUUCGUUACGUAAUACUAACAAAAAUACAAAAUGUUUGUACACCACAAUCAAUUUGUAGCACUAAUUUGUCAAUAUAUGUUAAUAUAUGUCAGUAUUGAAUGAAAGUGUAUGUAGUACCUUUAGUAUCCAUGUUCUUUAAUUUUUGCUUGUAAUGUUGAAAAAUUAUUGUUCCACUUAUUACUUAUUACUUGAAGUGAUAAGUAUUACGGAGUAUUAUUGAAUCUUCUCAGAAGCUUUGCAGUGAAUCAAA